UCAUUCUGUAAUUCCCGUGGACCCAUGUCAAAAACACUGCUGCAAUUUAGUUCAUUCAUUCGUUGAUGUUGAUUCGGUGCUUCAUUUGUUUUGUGUUGGUGGUUGGUGGUGUAUACAGAUUAGAAGUGAAUUUCUGUCGUUUCAUACUUAUCGAUUAAACUCAACUCUCAUCAAAACACUAACAAAAUGGUAUCAAGUGGGAUGUCAUGUGUUAAAUAUCUACUUUUUGCAUUCAACCUACUAUUUGCGAUAUCUGGCAUUGCAAUUCUUACAGUUGGAGUUAUUGUUCACGUAGUUUACUCUCAUUACUCAAAUUUUGUGUAUAGCAGCUAUCAGUCUACCCCUCUAGUCCUUAUAGGGGUUGGUGUUGUGAUUUUUAUCAUAACUUUCUUUGGAUGUUGCGGUGCCGUCAAGGAAAAUCAUUGCUUGGUCAUAACGUACUCAGUCCUUUUAAUUGUGAUAUUGAUGCUUGAAUUAAUCACUGGAAUAGUAGGAUAUGUGAAACGUAGUGAUGUUGAGAUGAUGUUGGAAAACAAAUUGAAUUCAACAAUGAAUGAAUAUUAUAUUAAUGAAGAUAUCAAGAAUACAUGGGAUAUUGCUCAGCAUGAG